AUUGUUUUAUGUAUGGUGUUGCUGUACGACUGGCUCGGAGCAUACGCAGAGGGUUAAGAAAUUGACAUAGCAGACGGAGGAGCAUUUCAUAUCAGGCAAGGAAGGAAGGAUGCUUUAUUUGAUUGGACUGGGUUUGGGAGACGAAAAAGACAUAUCAUUGAAAGGACUGGAAGCCGUGAAAAAAUGCAGCCAAGUAUAUCUGGAGGCAUACACUUCUCUUCUCUCCACUGGUCUGCGCCUCUCUGCGCUGGAAGAAUUAUAUGGGAGGCCUGUUAUUUUGGCGGACAGAGAGAUGGUGGAACAAGAAGUGGAACAAAUAUUGGAGCAAGCUCGCACAUCUGAUAUAGCUUUUCUUGUCGUGGGAGAUCCUUUUGGUGCAACUACACAUUCUGAUUUAGUGGUACGAGCCAGGAAGAUGGGAAUUGAAGUUAAAGUGAUCCACAAUGCAUCAGUGAUGAAUGCAGUGGGAAUUUGUGGUUUGCAGCUUUACCGUUUUGGGGAGGCAGUCUCAAUACCCUUCUUUACAGAAACCUGGAAACCAGAUAGUUUCUAUGAUAAAAUAAAGGCAAAUAGGCUACUUGGAUUACACACGCUUUGCUUGCUAGACAUACGUGUAAAGGAGCCAUCAAUAGAAUCUUUGUGUAGAGGAAAGAAAGUUUAUGAGCCACCGAAGUUCAUGACCAUCAACACAGCUAUUGAGCAGCUACUCCAGAUUGAGACAAAUCGUGCUGAAUCUGUAUACAACUCAGACACAACAUGUGUAGGUUUGGUUCGCCUUGGUAGUGAAGCACAAAAGAUAGUUGUUGGUUCUAUGAGAGAGUUACUUACAGUUGACUUUGGCCCACCAUUGCAUUGCCUCAUCAUUGUUGGGAAUACUCAUCCAAUAGAAGAUGAAAUGCUAGAGUUUUUUGCCAUGCCAAAGGCUUGUUUUAAUGCUCAAAAUUGCACUGAUUGAAAUUAGAGUGUAAGAUCCCUGUCCUGUGGAUGUCACAGUUAUCUACAAAUUAGCAAGUGGCAAAAGAGAAUUCAAUGCAAUAAUUUUUUUUAAUUUAUGGACACCUGCUAUUUUUGACAUCUUUGAUUAACAAUGUGUGAUUGUAAGGAGAGUAUUUCAAUCCCAGGAGUAGAUGUUUAACUUUUCUAAUUAUCUUAGUAUUGUUUUAAGGUAUCAUAAUUCUAUGAUUCUUAGUUUGAACAUCAGCAAGGGUAAUUUGUAACAUUGAGCUAUACAAGCGGAACAGUUGUACAAAUUUAACUUAUUGGUUCCUAGCUUCAAUUUCUUCUAGUUGCAAGA